AUGACCUCACAAACCCGUGUGAACGCUGCUGCGCCGGCUGGAACCGAGCAUGAAACCGAACCUCCCCAGCCAGCAACCCCCAGUGUAGUGCAACCAAAGAAGCUGUUCGGCGUGCCUGCGCCAGUCAAACGGAUAUUCGACAAAUUUCCUCUGACAACAUAUGAAGCAGAAGGAAUUCCUGGCAAUGUGCACACCAGCGGAAGCUCUGAGCGGAAUAGACUGUUCGUUUUUAUCGAUCCCAAGCAGGCAACGGCAGGGGCACCGUCAUUCAAUCCUCAAUGUCUCAGAUGGCAGGCCUAUCUGAAAUUUGUCGGCAUAGACUUUGACCUCAUCCCUUCCAACAACCAUGCCUCUCCAACGGGUGCCCUACCUUUCCUAUACCCAGCCCUGCCAGCGGCCACGAGAUCUCCCAUACCUUCCAAUAAGCUACAGAAAUGGGCUAUCGAGCAAGUACACUGUGAAGAAGAGCAACAGCUCAAUAUCCGAUUCGACGUAUAUGCGUCGUUGAUUGACCACCGAAUACGCAAUGCAUGGCUGCAUCAACUAUAUCUAAAUGAACUCAAUUUCAAUCACGUAGCUCGAAAACGAUACAUCGACCCUGCUACCUCAUCUUCAGCCGUUCAAACAGCACUAGCCGUUCAACUUCAACAAGCAGCGAGGGACGAACUACUCAAAUAUUCAGAAUAUAUCGAUGUCAAUACGCUAGAAGCCGAUGCAGAUAGCGCAUUCGAAGCUCUCUCUAUUCUACUUGGGGACAACAAGUACUUUUUCAAUCGCAACCAACCGGGACUGUUUGAUGCUAACGUUUUCGCAUACACGCACCUCAUCUUAGAUGAGAAAAUGGGAUGGAGAUAUAACCGGCUGGCUCAUUCGUUGUCUAAAUACGAAAAUCUUCUACGACAUCGCGAGGCUUUGUUGGAAAAGUAUUUUGCGUGA